AAGCUGCGAUAAAAGCCACUAAUAAAAGCCGCUUAAGAAAAGACAAGCUUAAAGUUUUUGGGAAGAAGAAAUAAUAACAAAAUUGGUUUCUGGAACUUUUUUGUUUUUUUGUUUUUUUUUUUUUGGUCUAGUUUUUCGCUUCAGACGAAUCUUCUUCGUCCAUUUGGUUUCAGACAGAGAGUUAAACAGCAUAUUCUGCGUCGACGGUAUCGACGUUGUCGAUUCCGAUUCUGAAAAGUUUAAUAAUGUCGUGUCCUGUCCAGUUGCUCAUAUUGCUGUUUAUACAGUGAGGAUUCUUUUUCAGGAUCCGUUUUUACCCUUCGAGCUUGAAAGAAUUCACCUCUGUUGGUUCUUAGAUUUGGUUGCUUGCUUAUUAUAUUCAUAUUACAUGAUGGAGAAAACCAGUGGUCGAAUAUGCCAAUUAUUUGGAAGUUUGGUUACUUCUAUGAGGAAAUGCAUGUUCCAUGUUCUAUCAGUUGGUCCCAUUCCUCAACACAUUGCCUUCAUUAUGGAUGGAAACCGAAGGUAUGCCAAGAGGCAAGACUUAGCUGAAGGGAGUGGCCAUAAAGCUGGGUAUUUGGCUCUCAUGUCCAUGCUUGGAUACUGUUAUGAAUUGGGAGUGAAGUAUGUAACAGUCUAUGCCUUCAGCAUUGAUAACUUCAAGAGGCAGCCUGAAGAGGUUCAACAUGUGAUGGAUCUGAUGCUGGAGAAAAUUGAGGGUUUGCUAGAGAAAGAAAGUAUUGUAAACCGGUACGGUAUUAGAGUAUAUUUUAUUGGCAACCUGAAACUUCUAAGUGAGCCUGUCCGGGUUGCUGCCGAAAAGGCUAUGAAAGCUUCUGCCAACAACACUAAGGCCGUGCUUUUAGUAUGUGUUGCUUAUACAUCAUGUGAUGAAAUUGUGCAUGCUGUUCAAGAAUCCUGCAAAGCUAAAAGGAAUGAGAUUCAAGCACCGAGUUCAACUAACAUUAGCAAUGGUGUAACUGAAGGAAUGGAAGAGGGUAAGAAGAAGACGAAUGGUUUAGUGAUGCAUGAUGUCGAAGAUUCCUGCAAGGACAGAUCAUAUGGAUCUGAAUCUGUAGAUACCAAUGGAAUUUGCAAUGAAGCAAUUUCGGAUGUCAUUCAAGGAUCCCAUCAAGAUAAAUGGGAUGGGGUUGAAAUUACAACUUGCAAGCCUUUGGCUGGAGGAGUCGAAUUGAAUAACAAUCAGAGGGAAGUUCCUACUAUAAAUCUGGUAGAUAUUGAGAAACACAUGUACAUGGCGGUGGCACCUGACCCGGACAUCCUGAUUCGAAGUUCAGGAGAGACCCGCCUAAGUAAUUUUCUUCUUUGGCAGACUGCUAACUGCCCAUUGUACUCUCCAAGUGCUCUGUGGCCAGAGUUGGGUUUACGGCAUUUGGUGUGGGCAGUACUGAACUUCCAGCGAAGCUACAAGUAUCUGGAGAAGAAAAGGAAACAGAUUUAAGAAAGUAUUAACUCCGUUCUUCACGUUCAGUCAUACAUUGACAUACAGAACUGAUUACUGUUUUUAGUUCUUCUGGAAGCUUAAUCAAGUGUUGCACGUAUCUGUUCUUAACGGGAAUGCAAAUCUAAACAUGUGUAUGAUAUUAAAUAGCCCUUACGAAGGGAUGAUUUACCUACUAUGCGAUUUAGUUAAUACAUAUAGUUUAUAUGUCAAAUUAGAAUUCAUCGCUAAUGUAGUGGUUGUACUUUUGACAUUGGUGAUGCAACUUGGUAGUAAUCUAAACUUGUUAUUACGAAGUUACAA